GGUUGUCUCAGUUAUCAAAGAAGUUCCCAUUCACCAGCAAGACCCAAAAUGUCUGGCAGCUUCAGCACAGUCUAAUCAGCAGGGUGCAAGAGAUUUGUCUUCACCUAGGGAAGAUGAAUCUGUCUUACCACAGACCCAAGCCCCUUCUGAUGAAGAAUGCCUCCUCACUUCCGCCCUCGCUACUUUGGAAGAUGGUUGGACUCCCCCCAACAGCAUUAUCUCAACAAGAGGUAACCACAAGCUUGGAGAGGGACCCACUGAACCUUUGCAGGAGGGGGAGCUAAGUGUUGAUAAGGUGGUCAGAGACGGUGAUCCAAAAACGGAGGAGGCCUCUUCUUUUAAUAAGUUGCUUGAGGAAGAGAAAACUGAAGUGAAAACAAAUAAUCACCCAUGUUUGGAUAUAAACAGAUCUGAGAUUACCAAAAUAACAACGUCUUCACUGGAAGACAGAAUAGAACCAUGUGAAUCUAAAGCACCAGUUCAGGUGUUUUUGCCUCUUUCUGCUGUGGCGGCACACAGUACAGAGAGAGAUCAUGUAAAUGAAGAGACCAAGUGUGUCUCACUGAUUCAGGAAAUGAAUGUAGGAUUUCCGCCCACUGCAGUCCCGGAGAGUUUAGAGAAGGGUGACCUAAAAAUGCAGCAUGAAUUCACACCUUCUAAUGCAGAGGAAAUCACAGAAAGUGUCAAUGCAGUACAGAGUUCAAGCUCAGACUUCAGAAGCAGUGAGGAGAAGCAUGGAUUGAACAAAGUGCUGAGUUCUGCAGUGGAGAAAGAUUUAGAAAGUAAUUUGUUUAAUAGUCUAAAAACACAGCAACAAGCAAUUCUAGAGGGUGAGAGCAGUGAAGCGAGGAAUGAGAGUUUACAGUUUGAAGUAGAGGCAGAAAGGAGGACCCUAAUAAAGGAAAAAUGUUGGAUGAAACAAAGAUCAUUUCAGUAACACAAGACAGUGGAAGUAAUGCUACUAUUUUGGAGGAACACAGUAAUAUUGCAUGUCAAGACAGCAGUGAGAGACAGCAUGGUUGGCCCUCAGAGAGUAUCCCACCAAUCCAAAUAUCUACUGUUGAAGACAUUACAGAUAUUAAACCACCUGUGCCAGAUUUGAGGCCAAAGGAACCUUUCAUAGUCCCAAAAAUCGAAAUAAUGGAGCCUGAGCUGAAAGGGUGCACUCUGCCACUAACCAUUUUGGCACUAAACAAGCCGGAGACGAGUCAUUUGCAAGACCAUGAUGUAACUCAUGAGUCAAAGAUAAUAAUCCAAGACCAGAGCCUGGCUGAUUCUCCAGGUUCACCGCCUACACAGGAAGGUAUGCAGAAUAAUUACCACCUCUCAGCUACAGAGAAAGUCAAGGAAGUUGCUCAAUUCUACGACGAGACGGACACGCUUGAACGGCAGCAGCUGCAUGGGAAAAGCAGCGAACAGCUCCCUCAGAUGGACUACGCAUCAGUUCCUGUUAUAAGUGUUUCAUGUACUGAUGAAAAGGAGGAUGAUGCUUUUGUAAACACUCAUGAUUUGCAUGCACAGCCAGCUUUUGAAAUUCCAAAGGUGCCUUCGUUUGUGGUGCCACCAAUCUCUGUUACUUGUCAUGAAAGUGAUCCUGAGCCCAGACUGCCCACUCACAGCGAGUCAACAGAAACAGAAACUUUAGCUGACACGCAAAGGGGAACAAAACAUGAUGGUGACAAUAAUGUGACCAUGAGGCCUGACAAAGCUCAAAUUAGAAGACAGGACCUGGAGGAAAAGAGCAUGAAAGAGAACACCCCCACUGUGUUAUAUGAAACUCUGAUACCAAAAGUUGGUGACAGUGUGCCCUCAUUGAGUAAAACAACAGAGGACAACUUGGAAAUCUUGAAGCCAAAAUCCCUUAAAGAUGCCAAAACAGAAAAUUCUGUGUCUGUUGAAGACCUCCAAAAAAAUAGAUUUUCUGUUGAGAGACUCAGCUCCAAACCCCCAGCAUAUCCAUCACUGAGUCCAUCCAGUCUUCGCAAAUUUAUGUCCAAAGCUGCUCCGGAGUCAGACAACGAUUCUGGGGUUACUGCUCGGGCAAGUGACAAGACCGAGGAAGACCUCAGUGGAGGCUCGACUCCAACGUCAUCCCUCUCCUGUGAAAGCAGUCCCAGGAUGAAACGCAGAGACAGCCUGACACUCAUACGGUCUGCCACGCCUGAAGAGCUGGCCUCUGGAGCUCGACGCAAGAUCUUCUUCCCAAAAAAUAAAGACGAUGUAGAGAUAGCUGUGUUUGGUACGUUAGAUACUCAAGGUAAGAAGGAGAGCCCCUACAUGUCACCCAGCCAGGCUCGCAGGGCAGCAUUACUACAGGCCUCCACAGGACAAAACACCCCACCGAUGGAGAGACGCUCCCCGCUGCUGAGUCGCAGAAAGGCCACUUUGGAGGUGCCAAAGGUCGUGGAGCAGACCCCAACAGAAGAGCCAGCUGGCAACAAGCAAGAGGAGAAACCAGCUGAAAAGAAGAUAGACCCACUGAAAGCACCUCAGGUUAUCCGUAAGAUCAGGGGAGAGCCAUUCCCAGACGCCUCAGGACACCUGAAGCUGUGGUGCCAGUUUUUCAACGUGCUCAGUGACUCCACCAUUAAGUGGUACAGAGAUGAGGAGGAAAUACUAGAGGUGAAGCGAAGGUAAAUCCCCUCAUUGUCGGGCAGUUUGUUGUCAACACCACCUGUAACCACCAUGUCACAUGUUCACUUAUGUUAUAGGUAAUGACAGAAUUACUUUCCGCCUUCUCCGUUGCUAUUAUUCUGAGGAUUUCCAGCCAAAAUGACCAGUAAAAGUGGUUCCAAAUAUGAACAAUAAUGCACUCCAAGGAUGGGCAGGAUUUAUUUGGGCCUCAGAGUGCAACCCCUGGUCUUCUGUCAUUCUCAUAUUCUCACUCCAGAGAU